AUGGCCGGCGCGGCCGCCGAUGCGACGCAGCAGGGUGAUGGCGGCAACAACACCGCCGUGGAGGAACGACCCGGCGGUCGGGAACCGGAUGCCGACGAGGACGACGAGGUCGAGGGCCUCGAGUGGAUGCUGGGCUUCCUCGAAGACCCCGAGCACGGCCCGGCCGACCUCCUGCGCCACAGGUUCCUAUCCAAGGUCGGGGGGCGCCCUGCGUGGCUGGACCCGUGCAACCUUCCGGCGCCGCUCCAGUGCGGGGUGUCGAGCAAGCCGAUGGACUUCUUGCUGCAGGUGUACGCGCCCGUGGACGACGUGGACGCGGCAUUCCACAGGACUGUGUCGCUGUUCGUGACGCGAGACGGUUCCCGCGCGGCGGAGCGCGGCGCGGUGCGCGCCUUCCGGUGCCAGCUCCCGCGCAGCAACCCUUUCUACUCGUCGGAGCCCCCGGGGGAGAGUGACCUGACACCCCCGCCCCUGCCCGCGGGCACGGCUGCGCCGGACGACCGAUGGGCCGUCGCACAGGCCGAGACCGACAUCGCCGCAGGCCGCACGUGCACCGCCGGCGACCCAGAGACGCUCCUCCGCAUGCUCCCAGAGAGCGAGCUCGUCGUCGAGCCCGAGUCGGACUACCCGUACGAGGGGGACCCAGAGGUAGAAGCCGCGCGUCAGGCCUACCUGCGUCAGGGCGACCCGUCCGACGCGGACCUCCCCGACUCCGACGUGCGGUCCGUCGAGGAGCUCGAGGGCAUGGCCGAGCGCGCGCACUACGCCGGCUUCCAAGCCCGCAUCGCCGGCGCGCCCUCGCAGGUCCUGCGGUACUGCUUCGAGGCCGGAGCGGCGCCGCUGCUGCCGUCCCCGCGCCCCCCUGCGCCGAAGGACGUGCCUCCGUGCCCGGCGUGCGGGGCGCCGCGCAGGUUCGAGUUCCAGGUCAUGCCGCAGCUGCUGGCGCGCUUACACUUGGACCCGGAGGACCCGCGCGGCCUGGACUUCGGGACCGUGGUGGUGUACUCGUGCGCGGCGAGCUGCCCCGGGCCUGCCGCGGACGGCGGCGGGUACCGCGAGGAGUACGUGUGGGUCCAGCCCGCAUGA